AUGAAAUUAACUUUAAUUUUGUGUUUGAUAGCACUUGUUUGCUCACAGCAAGUGCUUAAGUCAAAUGAAUGUAAUGAUUGUGGUCUUUUUAAAUCACAAACUGAUUGCGAAGGCUACAAAGCAGUGACAUGCGAAUGGAUUGCAGCAGUCGGAACAACAGCUGCUAAAUGCCAAAAAAAGACAGGAACUCAAUAAGGCACAUUCAAACCAUAUUGUGAAUUAGUUGAUAAACCCGAAACAAAUUGUUGGAAGACACUUGGUUGUGCUUACUUAGAUUCAAAAUGCGUUCAUUUCGCAGGAUGUUCGGCUUACGUUAAAACUACUGUAUCAGAAUGCCAAGCAAUCUCAUAUCGUUGUGUGAGUGAUGGCACAGCUUGCAUUGAAGCUUAAGAAUGCGGUAAAUACUCUUAAAGUCAAUGUGAGGGUACUCCAAGUAUUUCAGGAACCUUCAAAUGCAAAUAUGAUACCACUUAAAGUCAAUGUAGAGAUUAUGCAUGUUCAGAAGCAGAGCUAAGUUUAACUACUGAUACAUAAUGUAGAGAUUGGUAAUCAACUUGUAUCACAAGAGGAAAAGGAUGCUGGUCAUCACCCUUACCAAAUUGCUCAGCAUACACAGGAACUGAAGAUGAUUGCAAAGCUUAUAUUGGUUAGGAUGGAAAAUGUGAAUUGGCAAAAGAUACUACAAAUUGUAAAGCAAGAGAAUGCUCUGGAGCCUCAAAAUCAAUUUCUACAGAUGAUGAAUGCAAAGAUUAUUAAAAGGGAUGCAUAACAACAGGAAAGGGUUGUUAUUUAGGAACAGUCAAACCACUCUGUUCAACUUAUGAUGGUGAUAAUACAAGUUGCGUUGGAUAUAUUGGAUCUGAUGGAGUUUGUGAAGGAGAUGCUGGAGGUUCAAAAUGCAGAGCAAGAAAAUGUGAGAAUGCAACCUUCAAGACUGAUGAUUAAUGCAAGGAUUAUUAAAAGUCGUGUGUGACAAACGGUGUUAAGUGUGUUAGUGCUUUACAAAAUUGUAAUACCUACAAAGGUACUGCAACUGCUUGCAGUAAUUAUAUUGGAUUGGAUGGAUAUUGCACAGGUACAAGUACAACAGUUGAAGCAAAUUGUGCACCAAAAGUAUGCGAUUAAGCAGGUGAUACUUUGACUACUGAUGAUGCAUGUGAAAAAUAUUAAAAAGGAUGUGUUACAACUGGUAAGGGAUGUUCAACUAAGGCAGCAUUAAAAAAAUGUACUGACUACGAUGGAGAUUCAACAGCUGCAUGUAAUCCAAGAGUAGGAUCAGAAGGUAGAUGUACUUGGAAGACUGGAACUAAAUGUACAGCUAGAGAUUGUGCUUCUGCCCCUUCAUCAACAAACACAAAUCCCCUUUGUGCCAAUUGGUUCACUAAUUGUGUAACAACUGGAUCAGGUUGUGUGAGUGCAACUACAUGUGAAUAUACAGUUAAACAAACAAGUUGUGAAGGAACUAAAGAUUGUAAUUGGCAACCAAUUUGUACAAGUAAUUCACUAUGUUCAAGGUUUAAAAAGAAGGCAAUAUGCAUGGCUAAUACAGCUAGAGUUGCUGAUGGAUUUACAGAUGAAGCCAAAACAAUUGUAAAAUGGGUAACUAAAAAAUGUGGUUGGGGAAGUAGUGGUUGUGAAGAGCUUUAAUGUUCUCAUCUUACUGGAUCUUUUUAUAGUACUCAUGCUAAUUGUUAAAAUGAAUUGAGUUCAUGUAUUAGUAAUGGAGUUGAUGCUUGUAUUACCAAAUCCAGAGUGUUCGAAAUUGAAAGGAACAAAAGACACUUGUAGAGGUUAUCCAGGAUACUGCACAAAUAUCGAUGCAGCUUCAGAAACAACGGCUUGUACCUAAAGAAUAACCCAAGCUGUGAAACUUGGAAUCCAGGUUGUAUCAGUACUGGCAAAGGUUGUGUUAUUUAUACUACCACUUGUACUUAAUUAAAAGGGGAUAGAGAUACAUGCAAUAAAUUGUAUGGAUACAGUACAGGAUCUAUCAGUGAUUAUAAAACAGUCUAAUGCUAUAAUGAUUCAACUGCAACAGCAGAUUCAUUUUGUAAACAAAAGACAUGCACAAUGGCAUCAGGAAUGCAAGAGGGCUAAUGCGAUGGUUUCUUAUCAGGAUGUGUAUUUGAUGGAUAAAGUAGUUGUGUAAAUCAAGAAACUGCUACUUGUGGUGAUUAUUUUGGAGUUGCAUCAUUCUGUGAAGCAGUGAAAGUCAAAAGUAUGCCUGAUAAAUAUUGUUUUGGUACAGCAACUGCUGCAAAAUGCACAAUAAGAAAAUGCGAAGAUAACUAAGAUGCUAAUACAACAGAUGAGGCAUGUGAAACAUUCAAAACAGGUUGUGUUUCUAAAUCUGGAACAGGAUGUGUGGAUAAAACAACAAUAAAUUGCUCAUCAUAAACUGGAACAAGUGAUACAUGUCCCACUUUCUCAAGUAGUACAGGAAAAUGUCAAAGAUAUAAUACAUGUUUGGAUAGAGCAUGCGCAGAUCUAACAUCUGCAGGAAGCCAUUAAGAUUGUAUGACUUACAAAUCCACUUGUAGAUUCUUAAAAUCAGGAUCAGCUUGCAUAAAUCACAAUACAUGCGACUAAUAUGCUGUUCCAGACACAUCAGCAACAGGCUAAGUCAAAUUCGAUUACUGUACUUCAAUCACUGACUCAUCUGGAAAAUCAUGUGGAUAUAAAACUGGAAAUAACUGCGCAGUCAGAACUUGCGACCAAUAUUUAAGUACUUAUACAACUUUGGCAUUACAAGGUACUGGAACCUGUUUAUUGGCUGGCACAGGAGCUUUCAUCUGUAUGUUAUGCUCCUUUAAGCACUUGGCGCCUAUACUCAUGGUAUAACAGGUAAAUGAUGAGACUAAAGUAGUACAGAGUGUUUAGAAGUAUGUUGAUGAACAAAAAUGUUAAAUGCCCACCUGGAUAAGUGGAACUACAUGUACUAUUUAAUCCACAUGCGAAAAAGUUAUUACUUAAACAGAUGAAAAGACUUGCAAUGAUUUCUUAUACCCAAGUGGUAAAGGUGUCUGCCAAAAAGUAACUGAUUCCACUUGUUUAACUACAGUAGCUGUUGCAGCAGGUUGCGCUAGUUAUAAAAUUGAUUAAACAAAGACAGACGCUUAAAAGAAGACACUUUGCUAAAGUUUAUACGUGAUUGAUGACUCAGCUAAACAUGCAGCAGGAACUGGUGUAUUUACAAAAUGUAUUUAUAAAACCGGUGGCACAUGCUCUGCUAUUAGUACUUGUGCUGAAAUUCCAUCAGCAGUUAGUUAAGCCGAUUGUGAUAAAUAAAAUUCUGGCUGUUUUUAUUUCAGUGGAUUGUGUUAUGAUGCACCAGCUUCAUGUGCUGUUGCCGUAAUUCCAGGAAGUGCUACUACUGAUACAUUAAAAUCAUUGUUUUGUCAUAGUAUGAAGGUGGGAACCGAUUAUUGCAAACUUAAUGCUGCUAAAUCUGCAUGUGAAGAUAAUGCAGUGACCGCCUGUACUUCACAUGCCAUAACAGGCAUCACUGGAUGGGAUGGUGCUACUAUUACUGUAGAUAAUUAUUGCUUAGCGGUAGCGGAUAAAACAAAAAAGCUAUAUUGUAAAGCAGGAACAAGUCCCGCCUGUGCUGCUGCAAAAUGCGAAGAUAUUCCAAACCCAUUAAACUAAGGAGAUUGCGAUAAUAGAGUACUUGGCUGUGCCUUUUCAAAUGGAAAGUGUAGAACUAAUGACUCAACAGAGGCUGCUUGCACAGAUGCUACUGUUCCUACUGAUAUAACUGCAGCAAGUGGAAAAACAGCAUUCUGUUAAUCCAUCACUAAAUCUUCAAAACCUUGCACAUAUGAUGAGUUCAAAACACCAACUGCUGAUCUUAAAUGUGUAGCUACUGGUGCAUGCUCAUCAUACGCCACAUUACCAACUGAUGCAACUGCAAAGCCCACUUAUUGUCUUAGCAAAGUAGAUGAUAAAUUUCAUAAGUGCGCCUUUACAACAGGAGCCUCAGCUUGCAGAGAUUACGACUGCUUCGAUAUCACUAAUGCAACAUCAUAAUUAUCAUGUGAUUUAGGAGUUCCUGGAAAGAAAUGCACUUAUAUUUCAGGAACCUGUUACAAUACAACUGAUGGAUGUGAUAAAAUUCCAGCAUCAGGAACAGAUAAGAAAGCAUAUUGUGAGUUAUUAACUUCUAAUAGUAUUAAAUGCACAUACAUUUCAGGAGCUAAUUGUACUCCAAGAUUAGCAGAUUGUGAAAAUUACGAUGUUACAAAUGCAACUAAUAAAUCAACUACAUGCAACUCAUUAAAAGAUACAUCAGAUGCAGAGUGUACUUAUAUUUGGGGAAAUAAAUGUGUUGAAUUAGGUGCAUGUUCCACUUAUAAUGGAGCAUCUACACCUGAAUUAGGACCAGAAACUGGUAGUGAAGAGACUUAAUGUAAGAGCUUGAAAGAUGCUACUAGAACAUACCCAUGUAUAAAACAUAAAACAGAUGCCAAAAAAUGCAGAGCUUAAGAGUGUGCUGAUAAUGAUGGUGAUGAAACUGGAUGCAAAAGUAAUGUUGCAGGUUGCCUAUAUUACUAAACUAAAUGUAUUGUAAAGACUACUUGUGCAUCAUAUACAGUCUAAGCAGAUUUAUCAACUACUGAAAAAAAAGCAUGGUGUGAAGGCGUUACUGAUACCAGUGACAAUAAAUGCAAAUGGGAUGGUACUAAAUGUGCAGCUAGAACAUGCAGUGAUGACGCAACAGCCAAAUUUUAUACUAAUUAUGAUUGCAAGAACUAUUUGAAAACUUGUAAGACCAAUGGUUCAAAAUGUAUAGAUGAUACUUCAUAAUGUAAUACUCUUACUGGUAACCAAAAUUAUUGUCAAUACUUAUUCGAUAACACAGCUAAAGAUUUAUGUAAAGUAAAUACUGCUGCUGUCACAUCUGGUGCUUGCCAAACUAGAACUUGCUACGAUAAUGUGGCUUCAUAAUCUGAUUCAGAAUGUGACAGUUGGAUGAAGGGCUGCGUGACUAGAGGUACUGGAUGCAUUCCAAGAGACAGACCCUGCUCUGAAUAUAGAGGAACAAAAGAGAAAUGCGAAGGUUUCAAAUAAUUCUCCUACUAUGAUACUACCAAAUAAAUUGAUGUGUACAUUCUAUGCUCUGGAGAUGCUGGAAAUACAGAAACGAGUAGUUGCAAAGAGAGAAAAUGUUCAGACAACAUUAUCGCAAGUUCAGAUAAUGAUUGCAAGGCCUAUCUAGAUGGUUGUGUAACAAAAGGAACUGGCUGUGUUGAAAAAUCAGCUGAUUGUUCAGCCUACAAAGGAAAUUAAACUACUUGUGCCAAAUUUAUGGGAUCAAAUGGAAAUGAUUAUUGCUACAAUACUGGUGCUGCUACAGAUACAUCCUCUUGCUAAAAGAAGAAAUGUACAAAUAUUACAGGAACUAAUAAUAAAGAAUGCAGUGAUGGAAUGAAACCAUUUAAAGCCACUGACAAUCCAUUCUGUGUUUAUAAUGGAACAGGUUGCGAAUCCUAUGGCAAGAAAUGUUCAGAGUUUAAAGGAACAGAAAUAACUUGCUAAACUUAUAUUGCUUUUGAUGGACCAUGCAAAUCAACAUCUGUUGGUACACUUGUUGGAAAUUGUGCUAGAAAAGUGUGCACAGAAGCACCAAAUAACUUGAAAACAGAUAAGGAAUGCAAAGAUUAUCACCCAAGUUGUUAUACCAAUGGUUAUGGAUGUACUGAAACUUAGAAUUGCGAUACUUUGAUCAAUUAAGAUUCCUGUAAAGCAAGACCUGAAUGCACAUGGGCUAACUUCUGCGAACCUAAAAAAACAGGAUGUUCUGCUUAAAGUAAUACAAGUCAAUCUAAUUGUAUUAACACAGUCAUAACAGUCAAAUAUUGUGCUUGGACAGAGUUAGGUAAAGUAUGUAGAGAUCAGAAAUGCGAGGAUCUAGCUGCAUCAAUCAACACUCACAAAUAAUGCAGUGAUUUCGAUAAGACUUGUACAACCACAGGUGCUGGUUGCAUCACUAUGACAACUUGUUCAGGAUAUAAAACUGAAUCAAUUUGUAAGAGCGCCUCAUAUGUAAAGGAUGCUAAGACUUCAGAAUUGGGUAGAUGUGGAUGGGAAAACAAUAAAUGCAGAGAAAGAGCUUGUUAAGAUUUAAGUGCAACUACUGAUGCUGAAUGUGAUGCACAUUUGAGUGGUUGUAAGACAAACGGCACAGUCUGUGUUUCAGCACAAACUUGCGGCGACUUCAAGACCAAAUAAUACUGUCUCUCAUCAAAGACUGGACCUUGUCUCUGGGUUGAAACAAACUCAACCUGCUAUGAUUAUGAUAGAUGCGAGGAUGCUCUCUUUAAAACUCACGAAGGUUGUUAAGCCUUCUCUCCUCUUUGUACUACCAAUGGAGAAAUCUGCAUACCCAUUACAUCUUGUGAGAAAACUGUCUUAAAGGCAUCUUGUAAUAAGGGAACUGAUGGUGAUUGUGGAUAUUUACCAACUGAAAAAUGCAAGAAAUUCGAUAAAUGUUCAGAUGCAGUCUCAAGUGAUUAAAAUACAUGCUUAGCAUAUGGUGGUUGUAUCACAGAUGGAGCUACAUGUGUGGCUAAGGGUAAAUGCAAUGAAUACAAAACAGAAAUUGCAUGCAAAAACAAUCUUGGUACAGAUGGAAUUUGCUUCUGGAAUGGCUCAGCAUGUAAGUUGAAGGAAUGUUCAGAUCUUACUGGAACAACCCAUGAAAGUUGUAAAUCUCAAGUUGUCAGUAGUGGUUCCUGCACCACUGAUGGAACUAAAUGUAUCCCUCUAGGACUCUGCUCAAGUUACCUCGAACCUGGAUGCUUCACAGGAACAGAUGGAACAUGCAUCUACUCCUAUCCAGUUGGUUAAACUACAGGAACCAAAGCAUGUAGAUUAAAGUAAUGUGAAGACAUUGAUAAAGGAAUCAAUAAUUCAGCUUGUACUAAUGUUAUUUCUGGUAAAGAAUGUGUUUCUAACACAAAGAUCUGCAUACCUAAAGCAGCUUGCUCAACCUACAAAACUUUAGAAGCAUGUAAUGGAGGAGGAAUAGAUGGUACUAAUAAGGUUGUUUGUGCAUUCACACCCAAUUCAGCUACUGAUAAACUUAACGGAACUUGCAAGAACUUCACACAAUGCUCCGAUGCAAAUUCUGACUCUAUUGCUUGUGGAACUAACAAGAGUUGCAAAUGGAAUUAAUCUGGAACAACCACAUCUUGUGUAUCCCACGCCUGUGACACCUUUGCUACAGGUACAGAUUGCCAACCAGUUCCUAGCUUUGAUGCUAAAAGCUUCACUGUCUGCACUGUACAAAACGGCAAGUGUGCACCUGGAGAUCCAGGAACCAUGACAGAUCCAAAGAUAUGCUACACUAAAUCUGCAUAUACUUACACAUGGAAUUCAGCAACCAGCAAGUGCGAGAAAUGUUUAGCUGGAUCUACAUAACCAAACAACUCAAAUAAUAAUUCUAGUAAUGGUAACACUACUAAUCCCAAUACUGAUGAUUUUGGCAUGAUUCUACCUAUCAUUACUUUGGGUCUUUUUGGAAUUAUGGUCUGA